AUGAAUCAUCGUAUAGAUCGCGACCCAUGGCAUUCCGGCAACCGGUUGACGCGCAUCGUGACCACGGAAUUCCCACAUUACUUUGCCAUCGUGUCCCGGGUCAAACAGGAAGUGCACGCAAUCGGACCGGAGGGCGGUAUGGUAUCUUCGACGGUGGUGCCUCAGGUGCAGGCGGCGUUCCCGCAGGGGGCUCUCACCAAGCGCAUCAAAGUCGGCCUACAGGCUCAACCAAUUCCUCCGGAAUUGACGAUUAAACUGUUGGGCAAUCGAGUGGCCGUUUCACCGAUAGUUACCGUGGAACCGAGACGACGGAAAUUCCACAAGCCCAUCACUUUGACAUUACCUUUGCCACAGGCAGCAUCCAAAGGCAUGAUCAACCAUUACACGGGGGACGCACCAACACUACGGUUACUCUGCAGCAUAACAGGAGGAACUUCCAGAGCUCAGUGGGAAGACGUAACUGGUUCGACACCUUUAACGUUUAUAAACGACUGUGUGUCUUUUACUACGACAGUAUCUGCUCGAUUUUGGUUGAUGGACUGCCGGAAUGUGGCAGACGCAUCGAAAAUGGCGACGGAACUGUAUCGCGAAGCGAUUCACGUACCGUUUAUGGCUAAGUUCGUGGUGUUUGCCAAGAGGACGGACGUGAACGAAGCCCGAAUCAGACUGUUUUGCAUGACUGACGAUAGGGAAGAUAAAACUCUAGAAUACAAAGAACAAUUCACCGAGGUUUCAAAUAGCAGGGACGUAGAAGUACUCGAAGGCAAACCGGUGUACAUUGAGUUUGCUGGUAACCUAGUGCCCGUCACCAAGUCCGGCGAACAGCCCAAACUAGUAGUCCGAGCUUUCAAAGAAAACAGACUACCAUUUACGAUGCGCGUGAAAGAUCCAACAGCAGAACCUCGGUCGUGGACUAUUAUUAUGAAAGAGCCAAAGGUUUCUAAGAACGAAGUAUCCCAAACGCCAGUUUGUGUUUUACAAUUUGCAUUACCCGAAAAUAUUGUACCUGACACUGACAUCAACGAUGAUGAACUAUAUAAUUUCUCAUACACACAUGACUCUAACCUGGAACCCAAUAAACGCACUGAACUCAGGAUAACUGAUAUAAGUAACUUUGUAUCGGAUGAUUGGGUAAGUCUAGCGCAUGAACUAGGGUUCCAAUCAAAUGAAAUCGCUCAAAUUAAAAAGGAAUAUCCAGAGAGCAGCAGUCAACAAUGUAUGAGUAUGUUAAACCUUUGGAUGAACGAAAUUUCUGCACAAGAUUCGGUUACAGUAUUAGAAAGUGCGUUGAGCAAUAUAGGACGUACAGAUGUGGUAGAAAAAUGUAAUUUUGCAGAAAUUGGACACUAUCAAACCCAAAAACCUAUUCAUGCAGAGUCUAACCAACAACAUAGUUAUCGUCCUGACGACAAGUACGCUGCCGAAGAAAAGGUGGUCAUCGAAGAUGAAAUAACCAAAACGGUCACUGAGAGACGGAUAGAAAUUGAACAAAAAAUUACUGGUGAGCCAGUGAUUAUUGAAAAGAAAUCAGAACCACCAGUUAAGAAAGAACAAGAUACCUCCACAAAAACUGAGGAGUUGUCUGCUGAACCCAUCGAACCAACUGAAGUUUCAUUUGAACACAAAAGAAUGUCGUUUGAACGGGGAGUGUCUAUCGAUCAAGUGCUACAAGAGGAUAUUCCAGUUAAGGAAAAACCAAAAUCGUUAGAAGAAAAGAAAAUGGAGUCAAUUGAAGAACACGGACGUGAUGUAGAUGUGGAUGCGACCAGUUUGACAUUCCACGAGAAAAGACUUUCAUUUGAACAAGGAAUACCAGUUAAGGAAAUUAUACAAAAGAAAACCGAGGAAACUGUAUCGGAAAAUGUGGCCGAAUGUACAAAUGAUCCAGAGUGCUUAAGUGAAACUGAAAAAUCGUUGACAAAGAGUGAAACAACGUCUUCGGUGUAUGAAAACGACGACAUAAUUCCUGACCUAAAACCAGAGACAACCAGCGGUAUUGAUCGAAGCGAUCAAGAUAAAGCUGAAAAGAAAAGACGAGAUUCGACGUUAUUAGAAGAAGUGACUCAAGGCUUAGAGAAAUUGGAUGCGUCCGGUCUGAAUGUAGAAGAAAAAACUGCUCUACUGACGCCACAAUCUUCCAAAACUCCACCACCCAGCCCAGCAGAUUUUAAGGAUAUACAGCGAAAAUCAUCAGAAGAAAUAGUUAUUUCAAAAGAAGUUAUAGAGCCCACAGCAUCCUGGCCACAGGAUAAUGACGAUUUGCUGGAGGUCCACGGUUUCGGUGAGCAUUUUAAUGGUAUCGAAACGCCAAAUUUGGCUAAAUCAAAACACCCCAAAUCAUUGGCUGACAUUGAUGACGAAUUUGAGGAUCGGUCGGUUGUCAUACACCCUAUUUUUGAUCAGUUAAAAAUUGACCCGAGAGAACAGUUACAAAUUAACAAACGACUAGACGAUUCGCCUGCAUUUGAUAGUCCAUUAACGGAUAAAAGCAUAUCUCAUGUUGAUACAGGAAUAAGUUUAACAAGAGAAUAUUCUGAUACGUUAACGAGUUCGGGAUUUAAAACCAAACCUAAACAGGAUACGCCCUUCGAUGAAGAGGCCGAACUCACUGAUUCUGGUCUUAGUCCAAUUCAACCUGAUGACGUCGGGCUUAAUGCAAAUGAAAUAUCAGAUAUUAAAAAAAAAAUUGACAUGUAUGAUGCUGCAAACAGUCCAAUAACAUUCUCUGAAUCAGUUAGCCUUUCUCCUUUCGAAUCAGAAACUAUUGAUGUGGCUACAAUUACGGAAACAAUACGCACAAUAGACGUGGCUAAUAGCCCCAUAGAAUAUAAAUGUCAGAGGAUCUCAGGCUCCAAAAUUUACGACUUAGUGGAAUAUACUGUUUCAACGGAUACAAGCACUAAGUGUACGUCUCAAAUAGGAAGCCAACUGUUACAAAUUGUCAAUAUAGAAAAAAAAAUGUUGGAAAAUAUGAAUAAAAUAAUUACACCUGAUAAUAAAAAUGAUGAAACUGACUUUGUAGUUAACUUAGAUAAACAAAUUAUAACUCAGAAAAACAGUGAUACGCCUGAAAUAUGGAAAUCUAUCCAAAUGGAUAUCGCUGCACCAAAAGAUGAAACUGAGGUAAAAAAAGAAGUUGAAGAGAUCAUUACCAAAACAAUAAUAGAUACAGGAGAUAAGAAAAUAGAAGAUAUAAAAACCUCGCAAAGUAAUAAGAAAACAAUCAAAGCGCUAAAAGCCAUAAUUGACAUAGAAGAAACAGAACAAAAUGAAAUACAUGAUAGGUUAAUGAAAACGAAUAAACUAAUCACAGAUUUAGAAGUCAACAAAACACCUGUAAUAGAAAAAAUAAUUGUUCCGAAAUUCAUUAAAACUUCUACUGUUAAUGAACAAUCUGAUGAGCUGGAUCCAUCAUACAUCAAGUUUAGCAGCGAUAAUGAAUAUAAUACAAUUUAUUUAUUACCAGAAAAUAAUAAAAACAGUAAUAAAAGUGACAAUACUAAAGGCGGCCUAGAAUAUAAUUCAGCAAAAACAGCUAGUAAUCCAGUUAGUAUUUUUGAAGAUGAAGAUGAAGAACAGGAAUCUGAAAUUUUCGAAAAAUUUACAAAAAAACACCUAAAAAAAACGGUUGACUUAGCUAGAGUGGAUGACAACAGGGGUAAAAGUGAAAAAGACGAGAAUCAAGAUGAAAAUGCAGUUAUGGUUAAUAAAAAUGAAAAUGAGUUAAAAUGUACUAGCGUGGGAGAAAAAUCACAUAAAAGUGUUUCAAAAACUAUAGAGAAAGGUUUAAAAGAUAUUACAAAAACACUCACUAGUAUUGUUAAGACAAUGGACGUAAAAGAGAGUUCAACUAAAAGUAAAGGAAAAGAGAAAGAGAAAGAAAAAGAGAGUGUAGAUUACGAUAUUAAAAAAAGUUUGCAUAAAGAAAAUCUCUCGUUUGAAAUAACAGAAACACCCUUUUCAAAAGAUUCAUUAGAUAUGGGCUUAUCCGACUCAGCAGGUACAAAAACUACUUACCAAAAUAAAUUCAAAGGCUUAACGCACACUCCUGAUAAUUCAUUACUAUCCAAUGAACCUGAUAGAAGUAUGAAUGAAAAAAUUGAAGUGCAAACUCCAGUAGACAACAUUUCUAAAAAAAACAAUAUAAUAUGGGUAGUUAAUGAAGGUAACCAAAAUGAACAAAAACAAACAACUAAUACUACAUUAAAAACUAAACCGACAAAAACUGACUACUUAACAUUGCAUACAACUGUAGCUAAUAUUCCCAAAGGAAUUGUACGUCACAAAGAUGUAAGGGAUGGUCAAAAGAUCUAUCUUGAAGAUUACUUAAAACAGGAUUUUAAAAACGAACUCACCAAAAAUACUUGUACAACUGAACAGACACCAUUUAAUAAUUCUAAAAUAAUAAAUAUAGAAUUAACAAAACAAUCAGAUAAAAAGGAACUUUAUGUUAAAAAAGAAGAAACAUUUGUCGACAUUCAAACACAUAAAAUAGUAAAAGAAAAUAAGGAUGAAUGUACUAAAGAAAACUGUAGUAAAAGUAACACAAAUAAACAAUUAAUCAAAACCGCAUCAUUAGAAAAGGAAGUUGUAGAAGACGAGUCUAAGUCCCUUGAACAUUUCAUAUUAUGUGACCCAAAAAAAAGAGAAAUUAUACCCGACAACUACUCAACUAAAACAUCUAAUAUACAUAAAACUGGCACAGUAACAACAAUAACCAAUAAUACAAUAGAGAUACAAAAUAAUGUAUUCAAAUCAGUAACAGAAAGCUUAAUAGAAACAAAAACACCGACAGUUUCGAAAGAGCCAACUCCCGACGCGACAAAUAUUACUGAAACUACCCCUAAAUUUGAUAUUUACUCCGAUACUAAAAGAACAUCUGAAUUAAAAACAAUUAAAGAUACCACUGAUAAAGUGGUUUCUGAACAUUCCUUAUCUGCUACAGUUUCAGUAGUGUCCACCCCUGACACAAAAGAUACAACUGAGACUUCCUCUAUCUCUGACAAACUUCAAGAUAUCAACAUGAUACCUAAAAUAACAAAAAAAGAGGACUCCUCUGAUAAAAUAGCUUCUGAACUUUCCUUGUCACCGACAGUUUCGAAAGAGUCAACUCCCGAAGCGACAGAUAUUACUGAAACUACCCCUAAAUUUGAUAUUUACUCCGAUACUAAAAGAACAUCUGAAUUAAAAACAAUUAAAGAUACCACUGAUAAAGUGGUUUCUGAACAUUCCUUAUCUGCUACAGUUUCAGUAGUGUCCACCCCUGACACAAAAGAUACAACUGAGACUUCCUCUAUCUCUGACAAACUUCAAGAUAUCAACAUGAUACCUAAAAUAACAAAAAAAGAGGACUCCUCUGAUAAAAUAGCUUCUGAACUUUCCUUGUCACCGACAGUUUCGAAAGAGUCAACUCCCGAAGCGACAGAUAUUACUGAAACUACCCCUAAAUUUGAUAUUUACUCCGAUACUAAAAGAACAUCUGAAUUAAAAACAAUUAAAGAUACCACUGAUAUAGUGGUUUCUGAACAUUCCUUAUCUGCUACAGUUUCAGUAGUGUCCACCCCUGACACAAAAGAUACAACUGAGACUUCCUCUAUCUCUGACAAACUUCAAGAUAUCAACAUGAUACCUAAAAUAACAAAAAAAGAGGACUCCUCUGAUAAAAUAGCUUCUGAACUUUCCUUGUCACCGACAGUUGUUACUGGAACAUCUUUUAUUUCUGUAAAAUUACAGGAUUUUAAAAUAAAAAAUGACAUUAAAGAAAUAUCUGAAAAACAUUUCAAUGAUGAUAACACCAAUGACACUAUGUUGAUAUUCGACCAUAAAGAGGUUGAUAAUGUCCAGAAAGUUUCUACGAGUAUUACAACAGAAAAUCUAUUGGAAACUAAAACUUCUAAAGCGGAAACGCUCUUAGAAAUUAGUAAAGUACUUAAACCGGACGAUUUUAUUGACAAUCUUACAUUACAGUCUCCUCAUUCUUUUUCCUCUUCAGUGUUAGAGUCCAUUAUUGACGCUCAAGAUUUAACUGAAACAUCCCUUACUUCUGACAAAUCUCAGAUCAUAAAAAUAACUGAUGGCAUUAAAGAAACAUCUGAAAAACAUUUAGACGAUGAUCAAUCUUUAAAUACUAAAUGUUCAUCUCAAACCAAAGUGUUAGAUAAUGAACAAAAAUUGUCCACUAGUAUUAUUUCACUGAAAAGCCCAUUUAAAACUAAAACUUGGGUUGAAGAAAAACCAUUGGAAGUAACAAAAAUGUUUAGUAAUGUCGAUUUAUUAGACCGUAGAAAUGAACUUUCUGAUGUUUCUUUGUUACCAACUGGUUCAGUCCAAACUAUACACUACACUGACGAAUUAAAUAAAACGCUUUUGACGAAUGAUUUAUCAUCUCUAACUGCUUGUUCCAAUACCGAAUAUACUGAUCAUAUCUGUUCUACUAGUUUAAAUAAUGAAGUUACUAUUAACAAACCAAUUCAGAUUAUUUGGGAAGUAUCAAAAUCUCCAGGCUUGAGAUCCGGUAUAACUCUAUUAGAGGAUGAAAAUAAACUGAAAGAUUUGGAGUGUAAGGUUUCAGACGAUACUGUGUAUGAUAAUACUAUGAAAUCGGAAUGUAGUGAUGAUAUUAAUGUUGUAGACAAAAGUAAUGCGAUUUUCAAAAGUGACGUUCAUAGUAUGCCGGAUUCGUUGUAUGGAUCAAACUAUAAUAGCGAUUCAUUGGUUAGCUCGGUUGGGUCACUAUCAUCUAAACUUGUUUCUGGUCAGACGUAUAUGGAAAAAAAUGCAGUAGCGUGUAGGAUUGAAAGUACCCCGAUUUUGAGCUUAAGUGGUACAGGUAAAGCUAGUUUAAAACAUGAUUCAGCGUCUUUUAGCAGUUUUUCAAAUACAAAUACUUCUUCUAAGUCUUCAUCUGGUCCUACAACAUAUCCAUGUCCAGUAACUACUGAUAAAAUAAAUAUUUCAAAAACUAAGUACAAAAAAGAAACCCGCUCUUAUAUUAAAACAAAACCUGUAUCAGACAUUUCUGGGGAUUUGGCGAAACAUAAAUUAUCUUCCAGUAAACAUUUACCGAUUACAGCAUCUAAAGUAGAAUCAAUUACGCGAAACACUGAAAUAAAGAGGCCGCCUUUGCUUUCUAAACAAAGACAUAUCAUUAGCCAUGGUUCCAAAUCUCUUGAUUCUUCUAAAAAACUAAAUGUAGGUUUAAAUAAACCUGUUGUUGAUCAAAGUUCUAUUACAAAAAUAAAAAACACCGAAAUAAAAAAAGAAAAAUCCUCAUUUGAAUCAGGUACAAAGGUCAAAUUAUCAACAAAGCUAUCCGAUGAAUUAAAACCAAAAUCUAUAAAGUCUAUUGAUAAUACAAACGUAAAUACUGAAAAACCAAUUACAAAAACAUCAAAUCAAACGAAAACUGUGAACAAAAAAUCAUCCCCCCUUAGUGGCUAUUCGAAAAUAGAUUCUAUCAGAGAUAACAAAUCAGCUGUAAAAAUGAAGCAGAGUGCUGGGGCCUCCAAACCAGAAAUAGAAAAAUUAAUGAAAACAUCAAAUAACGAAAAUCUAAAAUUUCAACAAACAAUAUUGGUAACUGAAACAGCGCCUAAAAACAAAGCAAAGAGUUAUAUGGCAUCAACAGAAUCUCGUGAUAGGAAAUUAGAAACAUCGAAUCAAAAAUCUAUACAUUCUUAUAAGAUGACAACAACUGUUUCAUCAACAAGAUCUAGUCAAAUUGUAACCGACAAAAAAUCAACAGUUUCCAAAUCUUCAUCUAGAGUAUCGAUUACGAAAGUUCAGAGUAAAAUUCCUGUAAAAAGUUCGUUACCGCCAUUGGACACAAAGUCGUCAGUCGUAUCCGAUUCUAGAGUUCUUAGCGCACCUUCGCGAAAAACCGCUUUUGAAUUCCAAUUGCCAUCCAGUAAAUUAAACCCAUUAUCGCUACCAGGGAGUCCGGCUCGUAGUACCAAUAAGGCAAACUCUCAAAUUAGAUCAGUGUUUAUAACAUCAGAAGUAUUCUCGAGUCCUUCGAACCGCGCUUCGUCAGUGGAAUUAGUGUAUGAACAACCGAACCGAUCCCCUUGUUCAUCAAUGUCCGAACAACAGCCGGCUUCUAUUACCGAAUCAGUUUCGUUAGAGGAUGUGGAAACAACUCAAUCUUCGAACUCCGACAACGAACGGGUAUCUGAGGAAAGGAAGCCAACUUCUCCCAACUUGAAAAUGCAAAGCCUAUAACUAGUUCUGGUAAGUUUUAUAAUUUAAAAUGUAGUAAAUUUAUCCCAAAAUUGUACACCAGUAAAAACAAAACUUCAUUCAUGAUAGUUAUUAUAUAAACUUUUUAUACUUCCAAGUGAAAAAAAUAUGAUUGCAAAUAAUAUGACCGAUUCCUUUGCUUUUGCUAAUUUUAGCAGUACAUUCGUUACCUUUUUAAUACUUGGCUUAUUAGAAUAUAAAACACAAAAUAUGCUUUACUAAAAAUUAAGAGGUAAACACUGAACAUUAAGCACAAAUAAGUUUGUUAUACGUUGUUUAAAUGAUAUUUGAAAGCGAUUUUAUUCAAUUUUAUCACUUUUAUUUAUAAUAAUUCUUGUAGACCUGUGACCUCUCCGUUUCCUCAUUGCUUUGAUUACAUUAUGCCAAUACUUUACUGUACUAGUCCUCUCGGAUAAAAUCACUUUCAAAUAAACGCUUUGAUGCCCAUUUGUAAAUACAGAACCUUCAUUUAAAACUUUCUAACUUUGCUGGUUUAUACUGUGCUUGGUUUGGACUGUACUGGCUUGAAAAUACUAACUACCGAUUUGCAUCGAAGCGUUUUUUCGAAAGUGAUUUUAUCACUUUCAGAUUUAAAAAUUCCUGUAAACCUGUGACCUGCCCGUCACCACUAUGCCCCGACCCAACUAUGCUCCGUCCCCACUAUGCACCGACCCCACUGUACUGGUUUUUUUUUUUUUUGCAAAAACUUAGUGGACCAAAUAACACAAAUACAAUGUCUUGUUAUAUUUUGUUGGAAUGGUCGACGAUUCAUGUUUCAAUCGUUUGUACUCCAUAGUUUAAAUUAUAAUCGCUUAUUCUCAAUAAAAUUAAUAUUUAUGUAUUAUAUACUUCCAUUAUAGCAAUCUCACACAAACUAUUUAUACUUCACAGAUUAUAUUAUUUCAAAGCUAUAUUAUACUUCUAUUUUACUAGAUUGACAAUGUACAAAAUAAAAUGCAACUAAAAAAACCUUUUCAUAGAUCCUUAAAAUGUAAAGGGUGGGUUAGUGAAACGGGUUUUACCAUUUAAAUACAUUAGAAAAUCGCCGUUUUACUGCCUCAUCCUGUAUAUUAAUUUCUUGUUAUUUUCUAAAGAAAAAUCGAUUUUCUUACAUUUAAAUUAAAAUAAAUCGUAUACUGGUACUGUGAUAGAGAAAACAAUAAAUUUUACCUACAUUUAUUACUUAUUAGUUGAAUAUUACUAACGUGUAUAGCCACUAGCAGUCGGCUGUUGCCUGUUAUUUAACAAUAACCUUUUAUGGAGAUUUUAAAAAUUGUGUUUUUUUAAUAAUAGCAUAGGAGCAGUAUCAUGAUGUUAAAUGUUCACGAGAUUUGAU